AUGGAAAAAGAGAGAAGAUCCUCCAGGCAGUACGGCUCUUUGGAGAAGACGCAGGUGGACGGAGCGACGGAGACAUCCACAGAGGAUGUCAUUUCGAUGGCUGACUCCACGAUUACCAUCGAGAACAUUGAAGGAGAGCUGUGCAAAAUUGAGCGGAUAAGAGACAUCCUGGUGCGGAGGGAAUCGGAGCUGAAAUACAUGAUGGAUGACAUCCAGCUCUGCAAAGAAAUCACAAGACUGAAGACGGAGCUGCAGAAACUUGUCUCUAUUUCAGACAACGACAAGUCCAAGGAGGACAGGGAGAGGGAGGAAGAGCUGCUGCAGCAGAUCAACAAGCUGGUGGAGACCAGAGACUUCCUCGUGGAUGAUGUGGAGUUCGAGAGGCUGAGGGAACAAGAGGAAGACAGAGAAAUGGCCGCCUUCUUACAGUCCAAAUUUCCCAAGACAUUGUCUGCAAAAGGUGCUUUGCAAGAUCAAACGGUGGCGUCCAAAGCCCGGAAGACGACGGCGCCAUUUUUCACUAAAACUGGACUGACACUACUGAAAGACUGUUGCGGCUUCACCUGCUCCGUCAUGUAA